CAAGGUGCCUUUGCGAGGCAGCGUGGGCAGCCGCCACCGGUCUGGGAGACGAACCGAGCCUCACCUCCCUCUUCUCGGUGUCCCAUGGCGGCGGGGCGGCCUUGAGAGGGGCUCAGCCGGGCUGGGCAGCCCCUCGGAUGGAAGCGCCGGCGGCAGCAGCAGCAGCAUCGGCGGGCCGGGUGGGGCUCCGUCCGGGUUCCCCGCGCGCCCUCCGCGCGCCCCUGGCCUGGGGCUGGCCCCUGCCCACCGCCGCCCUCUGCGCCUACGGCUUCUUCGCCAACCUCCGCCCCUCCGAGCCCUUCCUCACGCCUUACCUGCUCGGGCCCGACAAGAACCUCACCGAGACCCAGGUCUUCAAUGAAAUCUAUCCAGUAUGGACUUACUCUUACCUGGUGCUGCUGUUCCCUGUCUUCCUGGCAACGGACUUCCUCAGAUACAAGCCGGUCAUCCUCCUGCAAGGACUAAGCCUUAUUGUGACAUGGUUUAUGCUGCUUUAUGCCAAAGGACUCUUGGCUACUCAGUUCCUAGAAUUUUUCUAUGGACUGGUAACUGCCACAGAAAUAGCCUAUUAUUCCUACAUCUAUAGUGUUGUGGACCUAAACUUAUACCAAAAAGUCACAAGCUAUUGCCGAAGUGCAGCCCUUGUGGGUUAUACUGUAGGUUCUGUCUGUGGACAGAUCCUGGUGUCUGUCGUUGGCUGGUCUUUGUUCGUUUUGAACGUGGUGUCUCUCACCUCCGUAUCGGUGGCCUUUGCCGUGGCCUGGUUUCUGCCCAUGCCACAAAAAAGUCUUUUUUUCCAUCACCGUCGCUCGAGUGCCCAGGUCAGUAAGGAGACGAAAGUUGUAGAAUGUAGAAAUGGAACAGUCCUCCAAGACGAUCCUGCCUUAAAGAGGGUGCCUGGGUGGGACGAUGUUGAAUCGAAUGUCCCUUUAAAUAUAGAAGAACAUCCUGAAGAGCAGCAGGAGCAGAAGGUGGACAUUGGGAAGGUAAUAAAGGAACUCUGGCAGGAUUUCCUCCAGUGUUACUCUUCUCGAACUCUGCUGUGUUGGUCUGUCUGGUGGGCACUCUCUACGUGUGGUUACUUCCAGGUGGUAAACUACAUUCAAGGCCUGUGGGAAAAGGUACAACCUUCUCAGAGCUCAGAGAUCUACAAUGGUGGCGUUGAAGCUGCUUCCACAUUGUUGGGAGCCGUGGCUGUGUUUGGUGCAGGCCAUGUAAAAAUAUCUUGGGCUACUUGGGGUGAGAUCGUCUUAGCCAUGUUCUCCCUCUUAAUUGCUGCGGCUGUGUAUAUCAUGGACACCAUUCGUAACAUCUGGGUGUGCUACACUUCCUAUGUAGUUUUCCGAAUUGUCUAUAUGCUGCUCAUCACAGUAGCAACGUUUCAGAUUGCUACAAAUCUCAGCGUAGAGCGUUAUGCCCUGGUUUUUGGUGUCAAUACAUUCAUCGCCUUGGCAUUGCAGACACUACUAACUUUGAUAGUUGUUGAUGCCAGAGGACUUGGGCUGGAUAUAUUUACCCAGUUCACGAUCUAUGCUGCUUACUUUGCUGUCAUAUCCGUUAUAUUCUUCAUCAGUGGCACAUGCAGUAUUAUCGCAAAUUACCGGAGGAAGGAGAGGAGGAGGAGAAACAACGCUACAGAAAAUGGUGCUUAAGAACACAGCCUUUCAAUUUGUUCAACAUCUGUCCCCAAGCAAGUGGGGAUCUAUUUUAUAUAUGCAGUUUCUUAUUUAUUAAUGUAUUGACAUGUGGUUAUUUCCAGACUGUUACCUGAACUGUACUUGACCAAUAUUUGUACUAUAUUAGUAGCAUAGGUUAGUAACAGAAUGUAUUGAACUUUAUCUUACAUAAGUAAGAAUAGUAUUUAUAAAAACAUGGUCUCAUACAGACAAUUUUGUUCUCGGUAGGGGAGAUCUGACUUGCGGAUUUCCCUCCUUCUUUUGUGACAAACAAGCCAUAAAGCAAUCCAUAGUAUAUGGGAUUUUUUUAAUUAUCCCAGUUCAUGUUGGUAAUGCUUUUGGAAAACUGUCUCUAAGAGACUGGAAUUUGAGCAUAGCCAAGAGCUGGAAUCAAUGGUGACCUUCAAGUUGGCAGUGAAAGAACACUGUCAUGGAGAUGUUGCACUCAUGAAUGUUGAAGAGCUCUCAUUUUCACGCACAAAUAUUUUCCACACUGUUGUAUGUCUUGUCUUGUCUGCCUUUUGGCAUCUCUAAAGCAGGAGUGGGUAAUGUGGCCCUCCAGAAGUUGUUUGACUAUACAUCCCAGCAUCUUUCACCACUGGUUAUGGUGAUAAAGGUUAAUGGGAGCUUCAGUACAACAGCACCUAGAGAACUAUACAUUGCUAACCAAAGUACUAGAGUAGUGGUUCUCACCCUAUAGGUCCCCAGAUGUUUUGGCCUUCAACUCUCAGAAAUCCUAACAGCUAGUAAACUGACUGGGAUUUCUGGGAGUUGUAGGCCAAAACACCUGGGGACCCACAGGUUGAGAACCACUGCAAUGUUUAGUUUUCUUUGAUUGUUCUUGUCCAUUAGAUUGAAGUCAAUAAAAUGAGUGUUGACUUCUGACCUCAUGAAAAUACCAGUUGUAGCUUUUGAUUUAUAGAUAUGGUGGGUCACUGUGAGCAGAUACACCAAAUGCAUGUUCCUUUGAAGACUUUAUUCAGCUCCUGUAUAAAGAUGUGUUAACAGUCUGUUAAGAUUUUAUAUUUAAACUCUUGACAGUAGACAGUGACUAGAAGAAUGAACGAACAACAAUAUGGUCUGGCAAAAUCUGCUCAAAUAAAAGAAAUCUUCUUGGAUUGGAAUUUCUGCCCAACUAUUAGUUUUUCAAAUUAUAGACAAAGACAUUGACAACACCAAGUGGAAGUUUGUCUUCAUGGUUAUUCCCCCUGAUUUCUCUGAGCCCGUUUGUUUCUUAAAGGUUUGUUGAUGCAAAUUAUAUGUGUAUGACACUGUAUUAUGCUGAGCUGUGAUAUUAGCAAACCAUGGUCAUAUGUGCUCAGGUAAAUGCAAAAUCUACAAGGGCUGCUGUGUGGCUUCGAAUAAGGCAGUAUUUUCCAUGUAGAAGGGGAGGGGGGAAAAGCCAUAGGCCUACCUAAAUCUAGUUCAUAGCCCAGUUAGAGUGACUCCAUACCUCUGUGAAAACUUGGUACAUCAGCUAUUCCUUUUUAAGUUCCACUAAUUAAAUGAACCUGCUUCAAUUGAGAUUAGCAAUUGGAUUUUGGGCUUAUUAUGUGAAGAAGUGCUUUAUUUUAAGGCCUCUUCCUAGUGUUGUGUGAAAACUGAUCAUUUAAUGUGGUUCUUCAUUAAGUAAGAAUUUUCAUGUGUGAAUGUGAAAUCCAAUUGUAUUACUGAAUUUACAGUACUGUUCCUAACAGUCAUGUUUGAGAUCCAGAUUCUGAUACACACAAAUGGCAUGCUAUUGGUUCCAAAUGUAUAGGGAGCUUGAAAUUGGAUUUGAAUUUAAAUGUUGACCUCUUUAAAUCUACAGUUCAGAAAUAAUACUAAAUCUGAGAUAAAUUCAGACAGGUUUAUUCAUACAUUAGGAUUUUAGCUACAUUUGUAACAAGGUCUGUUUAGAGGUCCAAUGGAGGGUGUGUUGUCAAGUGUAAUGUCAUGGGAAGCAAACAUUUCUUGGUUUAAAACCUGCCUUCCAUCCCACAUUUAUAGUUGCCUCAAAUUGAAAAACAAGUAGCCAUAUUCCAGAUGCCUUCUAAAUAGAAUUUUUUUUUAAAAAACCCACUAUUAACAGGGAAGAGUGAAACCUAGAGCCUGGCAGAUUUGUGAAGGAAAGGAUAAGAUAAUCAAGAGAGAAAGCUGGACUUUUGAUAUGGUUUUAAAAAAUGUCUUGUCUCUCAGAGAAACUAGGCAUAGUAUUAAUUGUGUGAGUGCAGUUUAUGUGUUUUAUCAAAGCAAAAGCUGUUUGGAAGCCUGGGCAACUUUUGGACCAAGGAAGGUAAGGAAGAGAAGCUUAUAGCUUCUCUCCUUGCUAUAAAUUCAAUAAAAUUGUCUCCAUCAAGCUGCAAAUAGCACCAUUAGAGAGAUUACUUUCACUGGUGUGCCUUCUUUCCCUGGUGCCCUGUUGCUCAUGUUUCUUCUCAGUUGCUAUAACAAGAAAAGAUGCACAUUAAGUCCUUUAUCAAGUUAAAAUUGUUUGGCAUUAUGUGUCUCAUCUCUGGGGAAAACUGAAAUAAGGUAUUCCUUGCACAAGAACUGCCUUAUACUACACGUAACUGGCUAUGCCAUACAUAUCCAGUUUAUUGAAUGUAAGCCUGGAAGUGGUUCCAGGAUCCUCUGCAUUGUUGUAUCAAGCUCAUGUAUUAAUGAGAAAGAGUAUGUCAAGGACUCUAAUACAGCACUAAAAAUAAAAUGUGUAAAUGAGACAAUUGUGAGAAAAUUUUAUUCUGUCCAAGUUGUAAAAUUGUUUUUAUCAAAUAAAAAUAUUUUAUCAUA